GGAGGCCAAGCCUCCGCCUUAUUGGGAGCCUUUUGGGGUUUAUUCUCUUCCCUUCUAACUUGAUUAAGAAUGACCCAAAAGACAUCACAGCUUUGUUCCACAGCCAAUGUUUAUACUCAAGUGCCUGAUGGAGGAUGGGGCUGGGUGGUAGCUGUGUCUUUUUUCUUCGUUGAAGUCUUCACCUACGGCAUCGUCAAGUCAUUUGGCGUCUUCUUUAAUGACUUAAUGGACAGUUUUGAUGAAUCUAACAGCAGGAUCUCCUGGGUCAUAUCAAUAUGUGUAUUUGUCUUAACAUUUACAGCUCCCCUCUCUGCUGUCCUGAGCACCCGUUUCGGACAUCGUCUGGUGGUGGUGGCCGGGGGCCUGCUCGUCAGCACAGGAAUGGUGACGGCCUCCUUCUCCCGGGAACUCUACCACAUGUAUAUCUCGAUCGGCGUCGUAUCCGGUUUGGGAUACUGCUUUAGCUUCCUACCAACUGUCACCAUCUUAUCUCAGUACUUUGACAAGAAGCGCUCCAUGGUCACUGCGGUUGCUUCCACGGGAGAAUGCUUCGCCAUGUUUGCUUUCGCCCCAGCGAUCACGGCGCUGAAGGACAGCAUCGGCUGGAGGUACAGCCUCCUCUUCGUGGGCCUGCUGCAGCUGAACAUCGUCGUCUGCGGGGCGCUGCUGAGACCGAUUGUCAUCCGAGGACCUGGGUCCCCGAAAGCAGCCGCCCACGAGGGUCGGAAAGAAGUGCAGUAUAUGCUCGAGAAUGAGAAAACACGCACCUCAAUAGACUCCAUUGACUCAGGAGUAGAACUAACUACCUCACCGAAAAAUGUGCCUAGUCACGCCAACACAGAACUGGGACCGAAGGGCGACACACAGCAGGUCCUCGUGGGGACGGGCUCCAAGCCGAGCCACCAGACAGCCCCUUUGUUAGACUUCUCAAUCUUGAAAGACAGAAGUUUUAUCUGUUACGCGUUGUUCGGUCUGUUUGCCACCCUGGGGUUCUUCGCGCCUUCCCUGUACAUCAUCCCCUUGGGCAUCAGUCUGGGCAUUGAGCAGGAGCGGGCUGCUUUUCUGUUAUCCACGAUGGCCAUUGCUGAAGUUUUCGGAAGGAUCGGAGCCGGCUGUGUGCUCAGCCGGGAGCCCAUCCGCAAGAUCUACAUUGAGCUCAUCUGCGUCGUCUUGCUGAUGGUGUCUCUGUUUGCCUUCACUUUCGCCACCGAGUUCUGGGGUCUCAUGUCAUGUAGCAUCUUUUUUGGUUUCAUGGUUGGAACAGUUGGGGGAACCCACAUUCCGCUGCUCGCCGAAGACGAUGUCGUGGGAAUCGAGAGGAUGUCUUCUGCUGCUGGAGUGUAUGUCUUCAUUCAGAGCAUAGCAGGCCUGGCCGGACCACCCCUUGCAGGGCUGCUGGUGGACCAGAGCAAGAUUUACAGCCGCGCCUUCUACUCCUGCGCCGCUGGCAUGGCUGUGGCUGCCGUGUGCCUCGCGCUCGUGAGACCGUGUAAAAAGGGACUGUGCCAGGGUCACCCUGCGGGUGAAGGACAGGCAGAGAGUCCUCGUGGGAAAGCUUUACAAGACAUACCUGAAGACUUUCUGGAAAUGGACCUUGGGAAAAAUGAGCAUAAAGGUCACGUGAAAAUGGAGCCAGUGUGA